GAGACAAUAAGACGAUCGUUUAAUCGAGGCCAAGUUUGACGUCAGCUUGGCAGGACUGGCAGCCGGCUACCGUAAUCCUUGUUCUGUAGCUAGCAGGUAAUAACAGCUGUCAUGUUAUUACGCAGAGAGAAUUUAUUCACCUGGAAAACGUGACGAUGAGAUGAGAGACACCUUCACUGCUGCCCACAUGGGCCUGUGUGGGCCUGCACGCGCACACACAUCGAGCAGUGGCACGCGGUAAAAAAUGAAAACAAUCUUCCUUAUUGAACUCACGCACUGAGCCGUGAACCAUAAACUACUGAUCAAAGACCAUUGAUCACUGAUCAGUGGUCGGUGAUCAGUCUUGACAAUUAGCAUAUUGUAGGUCAGUGGUGCUAGUCUGAGUCAUCGUGUAAAUGCGCUGUUUAUAAGGUUGGGGAAGCCUGCAGUCAGCUGGGACUGAAGAAGUCACUGGAUGAUGACGAAACCUUUCUCGCUACGUCCAGAUGAAUUGAAUCAACCUUUUUUCCUUACCUGGAUGAUUAAGCAUGCAUCGAGACAUACAUUUGACUUUGUUUCUGUAGAGGAUGUGAUAUUAAGGAUGCAAAAUGAACUAUGCAAAGAUGCAAGAAGCUUUAUGACAGCGCGGUCUGAGAUGAACAUCCUUUGGCAUGUUUUAAUUUAUGUCCACUUUUAGAUUUGACUAGGCAGCUUAUAAGAAAUGGAUUGAUUAUGGAUUGAGGGAGGAAGUCCAUGCAACCCCACAAAGAGCAAAUAAACCUGGUACAAAGGGUCCCAGGAAACUCAAACCUGGCCUUUUUGCAGUGUGAUGACCGUUCUAAUCACUGUACCACUCUAUCACCACACAGGCCCCCUUUAAUGGGUGGUUGGACUUGGCCCCAGGUGUGGAUGCAAGCUAAGUAAAAACAGAGGAAAAAGUUAGUGCGGCUCUUACACACACACUGACCAUCACACAUUGGUCACCGAGUGGUAGUAAAGCUUGAAAAGUACUAAUUCCAUAUAUGUUUAUUUGUAUGUCUGUGUAUAUGUCAAUGUCCACUUUAUUUAUAGAGCACUUUAGAGCAAAAACACCAAAAUACACCAGGACACCAACAUAAAGGGAACUGCAGUAAUAUGGGCAAGUUGAUAUAAUAACGUGGCUCAAUCUUUCAAAAUCCUUAGGAAGAAAAUAAGGCUUUACCUUAGCAAGAAGUCAUAGCUGAAUAAAGCUUAUAAAGCUUAUUUGCUUUGUGAAUUUAAAGGAGCUGUCAAAGAAUAUGCCAAGAUACCUGACAGAGGAGUGAUUGAACGACAGAAAGCGCUCAAGAAUGGUUUUGGAAAGAUCUGAUCUCCUAAAUACCAUAACCUCCAUUUUGCUAUUGUUAAGGUGGAGGAAGUUUGAGUUCAUCCAGACUUUUAUAUCAGCAAGACAGUCCGAUAACAGUUUCACAGAGUUGUCUUCAUGCACGCUCAGUCAUCCAGGUAAGUAAGUCCCAAACAGCUGAUUCUGUUCAACCUUUUGGGAUCCAACGUUUCGUCACGUGGAUGAGUGAUGAAACGUUUCUCCCACUGAAAACACUACGUCCAAGACUUGUUUUUUUUUUUUUUAUGAAUGUCAUCAGCAAAGCAGUGGAAAGAGAUAUUAUAUUUAAAAUAAAAAUAGACCCUAGAGCCAACAUAUAUAAGGAAAAUAAGAGUGGCCCUAGGAUGGAUCCUUGAGGAACUCCACAAGUAAGAAGUGCUGCAGCUGAGGAAUAAGCAUCUAUCUGGACUGAGAAGCUCCUGUUCAUAAAUGUCGGCUUGGAUCUACAAGCAUCAGAAAAACAGGGGUUCCCAAAGAUGCGCGGUGAGAUCUAAAGUACACGGCGUGAAUGCUGAUUGGGCCGAAGAAGGCCGAGAGAAAGAUGAUUGGACUAGAAUAGUGAUGUCACAAACAGCUUGAGAGUGUGGGAAAGUGGAAGUGAUGUGAAGUUUAGAUUUAGCCGGCAACAUCUGGGAGCAGACAGAUGUGAGCUUCCUUAUUGAACCUACACGUACGCUUCAUUUAAAACUGACAAAGACACAGGCUCACACUGGUUUAGAGCAGCAGCACGAUGGAUAUGAAGACACUCCCAGUAGGGAUCAGUACUACAAAUACUUCUGAAAACCUCAAAUCUGAUAUUUUUCCAAUAGAAACUGUUGAAAUCUUUCACAAAGUAUUUUGGAAGCUGUGGAGGUGAAUGAGUGGGGAGGUUUUUAAAUGACUGUUAGAAGAGAUUUAGCAGCUUUUACAGCAUGUUGAUAUUUAUGCAAACAGUCCUUCAAGAUUCCUAAGGACUCAUGAGGUUUGUCUUUUUUCCAUCGUCUCUGCAUUCGGCCCCGAGUCCGCGAGUGUACAGGUGUUCCACAGGCUGCUGGGCGGAGCGAACAGAGGUGCACAAGGCAGCGUCGCUCGGCCAGGCCUCCCAACUGGAGGAGCUCAUUCAGGGCGGAGCCUCGGUCAACAUGGUGGCCGUGGAUUCCAUCACACCGCUGCACGAGGCGUGCCUCCACGGACAGGCCAAGUGUGUGCAGCUGCUGCUUGAGGCUGGAGCUCAGGUGGAUGCAAGGAAUGUGGAUGGAAGUACCCCGCUGUGUGAUGCCUGUUCAGCUGGUAGUUUGGAGUGUGUGAGACUUUUGCUGCAGUACGGUGCCAAGGCGAACCCUGCCCUCACCUCCCGCACAGCCUCACCCCUGCACGAGGCCUGCAUGGGAGGAAACUCUGAGUGUGUGAAGCUGCUGAUUUCCAUGGGAGCUUGUCUCGAGGCGUAUGACCUUUACUACGGCACCCCGCUGCACGUGGCCUGUGCCAAUGAGCACACGGCCUGUGUUAAAGAGCUGCUCAAUGCAGGCGCUAAAGUGAACGCCGCCAGGCUGCACGAGACGCCGCUGCACCACGCUGCUAAAAGCAUGCAGGUGGAGACGAUCGAGAUGCUGGUGGAGUUUGGAGCCAACAUCUACGCUCGAGAUCAACACGAGAGGAGACCCGUGGACUACACCACGCCGGGCUCUCCCUCUGCAGCCUGCCUACAGUCUUAUGAGACCUCUCCUCUGAGUCUGCAGCAGCUCGGCAGGUUGGCAGUGAGGAGGAAGCUCGGCACCAGGGCUCGAAAUGUCAUAGGCCAGCUCGAGAUCCCUAAACUCAUCAUCAGCUACCUCUGCUAUCAGUGAGCGCCACCUGGAGGAGGAGCCUGAGCAGUGCUCAAAGGACUGGAAACUGCAGAGCACCGUGUUAAAUAUGAGAACAGCUGGCACAGCUCUGGAGCUGCUGCCUGAGAUUCAUUUAGUUUAAGAACCCUGCCAUGCAAACACUGCAGCAGCUAUUGCAGUCAGCGUUUUCAGGCUUGGACCCUUGUCAGUCUGUGUGAUCCCAUUAGUGCUGCUGUAAGAUGAGAUGUUUUUAACUUUUUAAAGAAAGCAGAGUAACACUGAUUUUCACUUGGCUUGCUCUCUAACACACACACACACACACACACACACACACACUGAACACACACACACACACACACACACACACACACACACACUGAACACAUGUUCUUUGUUUCUGUCUCGUUUGCAAAGCUAGUUUAAAGGCUAACAUGUGUGUUGAACGUGGACAAAAUAUGUGGAUGUUGACUCUGAUGUUGUGACAUCACUACCUGUUAACAGGAAGUGUUUAAUCAGAACUUGACUCUCUGUGCUGUAAAUGCCUUUAAUGCUGUUGAAAACACACGAUACACAUUUAAUGUUUCGUUUCUAUGCUGGUCGAUAGUUUGUGAGUCUGAGAGGAAGCACAAAGCAUGAAAACACUGCUGCACUGCACAUCUUUGGGUAUGACCUCGAGUCGGGAGGAAACGAGAGUGAUGUUAGUCCUGCAGCUACUCUGAGGACGAGCGCAGGGGAAAGUGGACAAAGGCAACUUUAAAAUAAGCUCAGCUCUUCACUCUCUGCGUGUGAUGCGUUUAGUCGACUUAAUGAACUGGCAGUGAUAGCAGGGACAGCGAGUGGAAACGCAACAGCAACUUUCAUAUCUGCUCAUGUUAACAUAACCAGCAUGCACUGACAGACUCGUCUCCUCUACAGUAGGUUCUGUUAUUAGAGACGGCGGCUCUCACACCUUUGCUUCUCUUUGAACUCUGUUUGACUUUGUUAGUUAGAUGAUGUGUGGGUGACUUGUUUGCCAGCGACUAAUCCAAGUCCUUAACAGCUUCAUAAACAGUCUGUCUACCACCAGAGCAGAGUGUGCUUCUAAUCCUGGCCAUGACUGUGUAAGGCUGUUUAUUUUUAACUGGAAACGAAGCUCAGGAAGACGAGGACGAGAUGUUGCUUUUGGAAGCAGAGGCAUCGUCAGCAGCUAAUGGUUUCUGGAUCAAACGCUGGAUUUGCUGGGACAGCGCAGCACAGACUCAAAGUAUGAAAUGAUGAAGUGGGGCAUGGCGUGCAAAUGAAAGAAAGCUUCUUAUAAGAGGAAUACCAAGCAAGUCUGCUGUCAGAGCUGCAGUCUGAAACUCUGCAGAUGCUCCCUGUUGGUGCAGUUCUGAUCCUGGUCACUUAUUUAUAGCCUUGUGGCAUUUAUUCCAUUAAAUCUGCUUCAUAGGCGAUGCACUGAGCCCUGUCAGGUCUUAAUAUUUUUAACAGGAGGCACAGGAAGCUGUUAUGAAUUCCUUAAAGUCCUUUAUAUUGUUUCUUUUUCCCCUGUCUUCUAUUUUUGGCAGUUAAUAACUGUGAUUUAUCCUUGGAAAGGGAGUCAGGCCACAGGCCUCUUUAUCAGUGUUACUGGAUUAUGUGUCUGUAAAUACCUGCAGCACGUUCUUUAUAUAACAAAACCAGCAUCUGACCUGUUUUAAAGCAUCUCCCAUUUUUAUUCAUUUUAAUGUAUUUUUCCCAAAUUGACCCACAUUUGUCUUAAUAAUCAGCCAAACAUCUCAGGAAACGUUUAACAACACUUCUGGGUCGCUUUGCUUGAGAUGCAUCUAAUAGCAGAGUGCAGGUAUUAAACAGUGCAGAGACGUGUGACAUGAUGAAGCAGUCAUUUUUAACACCACUGCUGAUCUCAGAAAGACAUCACGUUCACAAAUCACAACUUUUACUGACUUGUGCUCAGGUUACACAGAGAGUAGACGCUCAUCUGUGAACUCAAACUGCUGCAGAAGUGCUUUAAAGCUGGAUUCUGUUGAAUGACCACUGGGUGGCGAUGAGUGUCGUCUCACACUCUUUGCUCUCUGAUCUUAGGCUACGUCCACACUAAUGCAUUGUUUUCUCUCCGUUUUGGCACCCGUCCACACUGAGACGGCGUUUUCGCUCAAGGAAAACGCAGCAUUUUGAAAACGGUGCUUUGCGUCGCAGUGUGAACAGCGAAAACGGAGACUUUCGAAAACAAUGAUGCAUUUUAACUCUGUGAAAACGACUGAAAACACGAGUGUGGACGCAGCCUUAGUACAAACUUUGAUGUGUGGGCUCAGGGACGUCUCUCAGUUUCACAGGCAGGUACACUCCUCUCUGUCACAUUCACCAGCAAAAGGCGUCUUCGUGACUGGGUAACAAUGGUGGCUCCAUCCUUUAGUUUCUAUACUUGCAACUAUUCCAUUUGAAAAAAAUAACAGCAGCAGUAAGCCUGAGUCACACAGGUCGCUCUGCAAACUCCCGUUUACCAGGGAAAAUGUGGAUCCCACACCCAGCUGCCGAGUAGUUGCUAGUGUGAAAUUGGCUGCAAAGAUAGUUAGUUAGUUAGCAAAUGUUGGUAUUUUCCAUCCAAACUACAAGGAAGUUCUUGGUGGAGCCUCCAUCACAAGCCCAACAACCACCCGUGAGCUGGUUGGAGAAGUCCCAUCUUUUAUUGAGGAGAAAAUAACCAGACGGUUUCAUACUGAGGACACUUUAGUUUAUGUUGUGUGUAAGGAGCAACUCGACCAUACACAUUGGCUCCUGUAAAGCCCCCUUUCACUAACAUUAAGAAUUUAUUAGACACAAGAUGAGCAAAAUUAUUGUAGUGAUACAUUUCCAUGUUAUAGCCUGAAAGUGAACCACGAGAAUUCUCCUCCUUUCUUCCUCUCACAUCUGAUGAUGUGAAGCAUAAACUCUGUGCACGUGCGGCCUGCUGACAUCACCCUUCAGUGUUUUAACUUCUCCUCGCUGCUAUCUUCAGCUGCCAGCGGGCACAGUUACCUUGCGUAGCUUUAAAGAGCACGGGGCGUCUGUCAGCGCUCAUGGAGAUCAGCACCUGCUGUGUUGACUGUUGGUCUGACAGAUCUUCAGCAAGAAUUCAGAACCAAUAUUUCAUAGUUCAUGCCUUCAUCCAAAUCUCUCAGUUCACUCCCUCGUUUGGCUCUCACCCCAAACGUGAGCGGGCUUCACGAUGCUGGCCUGUUGUCAUAAAUACGCCAAGCUGUUAAAAGUUAAUCAAAAUCUAGAUUCCUAGAAACUUACCUUCCAUGUCAGGCUGUUAUUCAUUUGAAAGAAAUGUAGCCGGGAUCAUUAUAAUGUUAGCCUGUAAAUGGUUUGGAAGCACAGCUCUCAUGGAGCGCUGCCUUCAAGAACAAAUCAAAUCCUCUGCUUAAGGCUGAAAAUAACUACUAUGAAAUGUAUUUGGUUUCAAAGCAUUGGGCUGAAAAACACGAGGGCAGCGUCCAGUUAUUGAAGAUAAGAAGUGGCUCUCAGUCCAUAACAGAGCUUUGAAAUCAAAGCUUCCUAUAGACAGUAUUUCUUUUCUUCUGAUUGAACAGAUGCAGUUCUCUCUCAUGUUUGGGACACUGAUUAAAAGCCUGAUCAAUAACACACAAUGUGUCCUCAGUAUCGAUGUUGUUAAACUGCUCUGCAUAUGAUGAAUAAACUUAAUAAAGUGCACUAA